AUGAACAACCAGCAGUUCCGGCGGCUGUUGCUGAGCGAAACGCCGCGUCAGGAUGGCGACAAGGGCAAGUCUCCUGCUGCCAGCACGCCCAAGUCUGUCUUGGGCGCGCGCAAACACUCGAGCAUGCCCAUGACACCCCGCCAAAUCGGCAAGGGCUCGGUGCAGGCCGACUUUGCGCGCCAGCUCGCCGAACGCAAUGCCAAAGCCAACCCACAGAAGCAGGGCCGCGCCUCCGCCCCCAAGGGAACUAAGCUCGCCGCGGGCUACACCGACCGCACCAAAGGGCGCGUGGAUCUGGAGGACAGCGAGAUCGCAAAACGCGUCAAAAAUCUCGAAGACGCGAUGAAGCUCGGCGAGAUCGACCGCGAAACCUUCGAGAAGCUGGUCCAGGAAAUCACGGGCGGAGACGUCAGCACUACACAUCUGGUCAAAGGACUGGACCGGAAACUGCUGGAACGAGUUCGGCGCGGGGAGGAUGUCUUGGCCGGUGAGGUGGAACAGGCGGAAGAGGAGGUAGACGAGGCACCAGAGGAGUCCCCAGCUGUCGAGGAUGCUUUCGACGAGCUGGCCGGUGAAGACAUUGGCCCGAUCGUGCGCCAGAAGGCAGACAAGAAGGGCGAAACGAUGAAAUCACCUCCGCCCCCAGUCGCUGGCGUGAAGCGAAGCAGGAACGACAUCCUGAAAGACCUCAAGAGACAACGAGAGGAAGCCGCCGCGGCUGCCGCAGCUGAGCACGAGAAAAGGUUCCCAAGCUUGGGACCUGGCUUCCGCAAGAUCAAUCCUCAGGGUGAGACAUCACGAAUCGAGGUCGACGAAAAGGGCCGCGAAGUCUUGAUCGUCACGGGCGUAGAUGGCAAGGAGAAGAGGAAACUCAGGAAACAGAAAGUCUACGAGCAGCCUGCGCCUGAAAUUCGGAAUGACAUUGACGAUCCGAAGAAACCCAUCAACAUGCACAAUUUACCAGAGCCGAAAAAUGAUGAAUCUGAAGACGACGACAUUUUCGCGGGAGUUGGUUCAAACUACAAUCCCCUGGCUAAUCUCGGCGAUGAUGAUGAUGACGACGAAGACGAAGACGAUUCUAAGGAAGAGGGUGAGAGCCCGAAGCAACCAGUCGACACUGCGAAGGCUCAAACAGGGGUGGAAUCUGAGGAGACCAACGAACCACACCAAGAGCCUAGCGAACCUGUUCCAAAGAGCUCAGCAAGUACUGCGCCAGUCAAGCGUGACUACUUCAAGUCUGUCACACGCGAAUCAGCUGACGCCUCUGACCUCUCUGUGGCCGAUGCCACAGUACGCGCCGCCCUAGCAAAAGUGCGUAAUCUCGACGAAAGCUCUACGCUACUUCAGAACCUCUCUUCAAAUGAUCCCAAUGACCCUGAAUCGAAAGAAGCUCGCCUCAAGAAGCGUGCUGCUGAGCUCGCAGCUUCGGAUCGAGACAUGGAAGACAUGGACCUUGGUUUUGGAGCAUCACGAUUCGACGAUGCCGACGACAUGGAGAGGGAGGGUGAAAAAGUCAAGUUCAGUCAAUGGAAAGGACUUGGUGCAGAGGACGACGAAGAAGAUGCUGAGGGCGGCGGAAGAGAUGCGAAGAAGCAGAGGAAGCGCGGUACUAAGAAGAAGCGUGGUGAUAAAAACAAGGCAGAGGACGUACUCAAUGUCAUGGAACGACAGAAGGAGAAGAAGAAGACACUAGGUUGA